AUGCUUCUGGGUGGUGGGAACAUGGAGAAGAAGUGGUCUGUCCCCCUGUCCCUUGGAGUGCUAACCAUCUUGACCAUGACUGUGUACGUCCCAUCUACAUGUGGAGAGCCUUAUUUACUACAAGGUAAGCUGGAAUACAGACUAGCUGAUCCAGAGAACCGAGUGCAUCCGGAGGGAGAAGACACAAAUCAUGAGGACACACUGCUGACUCUGCUUCUUAAAAAGAAACUUGCAUGGCAAAGACCAGAAAAUAUUGACUGGGAGCUGGCAAAGAAAUUUGAAGAACUUGAACAGCUGGAAAAGUUGAAGGAUCAGCUCUCAACUGAGGAAGGGUCAGAGGUGGCCUAUGCCUUGGAAAGUUUGUCAGCAUCUCAGCCUAAAAAACGUGCCUGCUUCUGGAAAUACUGCAUCUGA